AUGCAAUAUGAUAAAGACUAUGAGGAACCAGAUCCAAUACGAUGUAUUGCUUUAUCAUUGGCAUUAAUUUACUAUUUUCGACUGCCAACCAAAGAAGAUAAUGCACAACGAAAUGAUCACACAACACCAUCACGUGAAAAGCUUGGUGAAAUUCUUUCUCAAAGUAUACCAGAUUUUGUUCAAAUUAUUCAAAAUGAACUUGAAAGAUUUGUUAAUACCGAUAAUUUUGUUAUUCCACAUGGAGUAGCUGUUAAUCAAGCCAUUCGUGAACAUAUCUUUUCAAUUGUUGUCAGUAUUAUUACCCGAACACCAUUGUGUAUAAUUGGUGCACCAGGUCAAUCAAAAACACUUUCAUUUCAAAUUGUUUUGCAAAAUCUUCAAGGUUCUCAAUUAUCAACAAAAGAAUUUUGUAAAUGUUUGCCAGCUGUCGAUCCAUUUUUUUGUCUUGGAUCAAAAUAUAGUCGACCGGAAGAUAUUGCAUAUGUUUUUGAACGAGCUAUUAAACGUGAACAACAAUAUCAACAAAAUCGAAUAGAUACACGAUGUGUUGUUUUCUUGGACGAAGCUUCAUUACCUGACGAGAAAAAGAUGGUAUUAAAAGUACUACAUCCUUAUUUGGAUGAAUAUAAAGUGGCUUUUGUAGCUGUAGCUAAUAAAUCAUUUGAUGCAGCUAAUGCUAAUCGAAUGAUAUGUGUCUAUCGAUCUUUACCAUCGAAAGAUGAUCAAAAAAUAUUAGCAUAUGGUUGUCUUGGUCUACAAACCGAAUAUGAACAACAAACCAUCAAAAACCAUCUUGAUGUUAUUAUAUAUGGUCUUUGUCAAGGUUAUCGGAAAAUACUUUCAAGUACAAAUAUUCCUCAAAUAUUUCAUGAUCGAGAUUUUAUUUAUAUGCUAAGAGAAUUACGCUUUGAAUUAUCAAUAACAACAACAGACAAUGAAGAUACAAGUAUUGGUACUAUAAAACCAAUUAGUCUAUUACGUGCUCUUGAAGAUAAUUUUAAUGGAAUUAAUCAAAAUGAAUUUAAAGAAUUAAUUAAGAUCUUUUUUAAAACUAUUGAAGAAAAUUCUCCUCAUUUUUGUUUACCAAACGAAAGACAACAAGAAAAACUUUAUCGAGAUAUUCCAACUAUUCUUCAGGAUUCAUUGAAACUCGAUUCAAAAUCUCGACGUCUUUAUGGUCGUUAUAAAUUAAUUAUUGAUGAAUCAGAAGAUGAAAGUGCUAUUAAUCUUUUAUUACAAACAGGUAUUCUAGAUUCUGAUCGUAAUCGAACAACUAUUUUUCGAAUGUCAGAUUUUUCUGAUGAUAUUAAUAAUGAAUUACGAAAUGUUGAAAUAUUAUCAACAAUUAAAUUAUGUAUGGAAACUGGAAAAACAAUUUUAAUGGUCAAUACAAGUCGAAUUCAUGGUUCCCUCUAUGAUGUUUUUAAUCAAAACUUUUCAAUAAUGGCAACAGGUGAUACGAGAAAAAUCUUUUCGAAAGUUGCUAUUGGUCCAAAAACAAUUGAUGUUAUUGUUCAUGAAGAUUUUCAAUGUAUUGUUCAUGUUAAACGAAGUGAAUUUAAAGAUAUUCCAGCACCUUUUCUUAGCCGUUUUCAAAAAUAUUCAUUAAGUGUCAACGAUUUUUAUCGUAUUCGAUUACAGAAACUUCCUAUUAAUGAACAAAUUAUGCUGAGAAAUAUUGAAGAAAAAACUCUAUCAUUUAUUCAACAUUUUGGACGACAAUAUUUUUAUGGUAUGAAUGAAAAUACUCUGUAUUCAUGUCUUCUAUCAUUAAUUAAAAUCAAUGAAAAUGAAGAAUAUUCAUUAUUAAAUAUGCAUCAUCAUCAUACACAAUUGACUAUUAAAUUAAAAUCAUUUAUUGAACAAAAUCCUACUAAUAUUCAACAAUGUCUUUUUCGAUUGAUACUAUCAAAAAUGAUUCAACUCGUUUCACCCGAAUCAAUCAUAUUGAAAUUACCAGCAUUUGAAGAAAAAGUUGAACAAUGGUUAUGUAACUUAUAUUUUCAACAGCAAGAACAUUUUAAUUUGGAAGAUUUCAUUCANCUUUGGAAGAAAGUGGCUAAUUCUUCUUGA